AUGGUAAACGUAAUAAAAGGCGUACUUGUCAAGUGUGACCCGGCUAUGAAACAAUUCCUAACAUAUUUAUCCGAAAAUCUCGUACUUGGCUCUCGAUUUGUUUUGUCGGACCUCGACGAAUCCCAUAUUUUCAUUGAUCCAGUAGUCCUAUCUGGUUUACAGGCCCAAGUUGACGACCUUAUGGAAAAGCUCUCUUUCCCUCUUGUUACUGAAGAUGAGUGA